CACGACUAUAAGCCUAUGGGCGAUUUCUCUGUCCUAGCGUUUAACCGCCUUAUCCGCGCCCAGCGUAAGCUAGACCUCUAUAACCGCGUGCGUGCGGGCCGUAGGACUCGCGUGCUCCGCGCCGCCGUUACGCGUAAGCGCAAGCGCUUCCUUCGCUGCCUCGCUAGUAAGGAGCAUAACGCCAACACUUACAUUAGCGACGUCCGCCUCGUUAAGGAUAAGGGCAAGGCGGCCUUUAAGCCUAACUUCUUUAAGUUAGCCGGCUUCCGCGAGGAAGUCCAUAAGCGCGGUGCCCUUAAGCAUAUCGCCCGUGAGUCCACUAAGACUCGCCGCGCCGCCGUUAGGAACGCCGACGCUAACGCUCGCACCGCUAGCGCUCUAGAGGCGCUCGCCUAG